AUAAUGCCGGCCAGCGAAGGGAUAACUGCGGCGUAUGAAUACGAGGGUGGUGGGUUCUUGCCUUAUUCUAGAAGAAAGGGGCGACGCUAGAAUUACGAUAAAGCCUUCAGCGUGUCCUGAAUGAAAAUUUUCGUUUUCUGUUCGGAGGUUUAGGUUGUGGACGUGACGUGACGCGACGGGACAAGAUAAGACAGGCAAGAUGCAGCAUUUAGCGACAUUCGCAUUGGGUUUCUUCGGACUCGCUAUUCCGGCGCUCGCUGGAGUAGUCGAUAUCCUGGAUUUGCAAGACGGCGAUUUGAUACCGGGAAAAUACAUCGUGAGCCUCAAGCCGGGUGUCAGUAUCGAUUUGCAUCUGGGUUGGGUGCGCGACGUGCAUCGGCGAAGUAUUUCUCGACGCGACACUGCUGGACUCGAGAAGACGUUUGGAUUCGAGGGAUUUAGUGGAUACUCGGGAGAAUUUGACGACGACACAAUAGCGCAGAUCUUGGCCGAUAUCAAUGUCCUAGCCGUGGAGCAAGAUAGAGUGGCGCGUCUGUCAUCUAAGACGCAGGAAAAUGAUGCACCGUGGGGUCUAGCGAGUAUAUCGCAACGAGCUGAACUCGCCAAUGGAGAUACGACAGGUCACACGUACUGCUACGAUGAUACUGCCGGCGCUGGAACGUUCGCCUAUGUGUUGGAUUCAGGUGUUUUAACGAACAACACGGAAUUCGAGGGCCGCGCUAUCAAAGGCUACAGCGCAUACGAUGACGUCGAGUCAUUUGACGAUUAUUACGGCCACGGCACUCACGUUGCUGGUACCAUCGCCUCCAAAACAUUCGGCGUCGCCAAAAAGGCAACCAUCGUUGACGUCAAGGUGGUUCAUGGAACGGGCUAUUCAACCGUCUCGCGUGUUCUCGAUGGACUAAACUGGGUCGUGAACAACAUAACCAACACACCGGGACGAGCCGCCAAGUCCGUCCUCAACAUGAGUCUAGAAUUCCAAACCUCCAACGCCCUCAACAACGCCGUAGACGCCGCCACAUCCCUAGGAAUCCUCAGCGUAGUCGCAGCCGGGAACCACGGGUCCGACGCAUCAGCCCGCUCCCCAGCCUCCGCCCCCUCCGCCCUAACAGUCGGCGCCGUAUCCUGGAACCGGACCCGCGCCUACUUCAGCAACUACGGAUCCGUCGUCGACCUCUUCGCUCCGGGCGUAGACGUCCUCUCCACAUGGAACGUCGAAGGCGCGCAGCGCCUCGAUUCCGGUACUUCGAUGGCGUCGCCGCAUGUCGCGGGUCUAGCUUUGUAUCUCAAGGGUCUGGAACACGGGUUAGAUUCGCCGAGGGAUACGAUUGCGCGUAUUAAGAAACUGGCUACGCCCGAUGUUGUAGAUGAUGCUGGGAGUGGAAGUCCGAACUUAUUUGCUUAUAACGGAAUUGUGUAACGUAUGACAGCGGGGAUGGGGAUUAUUGUGGGUGGGAGAUGGGGGUGGACCGGAAAAGGAAGAGAGGAGGGGAAGGGAGGGGAGAGUUGAUGUUGGAUACUCAUAUUGGAUGAGUUGUGAUGAGGUCGUUAUUUUUGGGAUACCAAUUUGCCUUAAUACGUAAUGGCCUUUCACUUCAUGUCAGAUAAUUGCGAACACUUAA